AGCUGUCAAAGUAAAAAUAUACUCGUUCUUAAAUACCUUCCGUGUGGGAAUUAAGCUUGUUCUCAACGUUGCAUUACAAGGAGGUUGAGUGUCGUGUGGUUUUACAACAUUACCUGUUGCCACCGCAGUAAACGUGCAAUGACAAAGGUUCGCGUGGUCUACAUUUGCGUUGUCGUCGGCGUGGUGUUGUCGUUUGCAUACGUCAAUCUGAUGUCCAAUAUGAACAACGCCAGUAAAUGGCAUUCAUUCUUCGAGAAGAAACCUGCUAUAAGACAAUUCAACAGUUCAAGCUUGGGACCUACCUUUGACAAGUGGAUCGUGGUGACGACCAUCUUCUCUCCCACGGAUGACGUCAAGUUUCUAGCUAAAAUACCCGGAUGGAAAGUCGUCGUCGUUGGAGACAGAAAAACACCCCGACACUGGAGCAGUCCUAACUGUAUUUUCCUAGACCUCGAAACACAACAACAGCUUGGUUUUGAGAGUGUCGCACUUCUUCCUACCGAAAGCUAUGCCCGGAAAACAAUCGGAUACCUGUACGCCAUUGCGAGAGGUGCCAAGGUCAUUUACGAAACCGAUGACGACAAUCGACCUAUUGACCUUCUAAGAAACUUUAUUCUACAGCCGCAGACAUCGGGUAUUAUGUUUGAUGGGGAGCAUCUGUUCAAUCCGUACCGCCAUUUCGGUCAGCCGACGUUGUGGCCGAGAGGUUAUCCUCUGAACGCCAUCGGAGACAACGUCUCUUACAACUACAUCCUGCAGACGUGGAAAACUCCUUCCAUCCAACAGGGACUAGUGAACGGCGACCCGGAUAUGGAUGCUAUUUUCAGACUGACUCGGAAGAAGACGCUGAAGAUGUUGAAUAUAACAUUUGACAUGCGGGCUCCCCCUGGUGUUGUACCAGCAGGCGUCUUUUCGCCUUUCAACUCCCAGAACACGCUGUUUCUCUAUGACGCACUGUGGGCCUUGCUUAUUCCCACAACCACAACGUUCAGAGUGUGUGAUAUUUGGAGGGGCUACUGGGCGCAGCGUCUUCUCUGGGAAAUGGGAGGAACUCUGGGAUUCCUUCCACCAAACGCUUUCCAGAAACGAAAUUCGCAUUCAUACCUUGACGAUGCUGUUCAGGAAAAAGAUCUGUACUUUGAAACAACGAGACUUGUGUUGUUCUUGAAACAAUGGAACUGCCACCCAAACUCAACCUUCUUUACCUGCGUGCUAACCCUCAGUCAAGAUAUGGCUAAUAAUAAUUUUUGGAAGGAAGCUGAUGUCCUGUUAACUGGAACCUGGCUCAGAGAUCUGCAAAUGGUUGGGUAUCGAGAACCGGAGCGACUAAAUGAACGAAAUAGACAAUUCCCAUCACCUCUCAUGGAAACCACCUUGACGGGUGAGGCAUCUGACCUGAUUUCACGGCAAAUUCCCAUCUCCGCGUGUUCGUUUCUUACUUUUAAACCAAGUAAGGGUGAUUUUGUGGCUUGCCAUUCCUUGUCAACUGGAUGGAACCGAAUACUGGUGCUUCCUGGUUCUUCAGUUUGGUCUCGAACCUCAACCUCAACCUCUGACCUCUGUUGA